AUGCAUGACGACCCUUCUUCGACAACUCAACUCCAAGAUGUUCGUUGCAGAGAAAAGUUGACUGAGACUCCGGCUACGAUCUCGGCUCCCUCCACGUUUGGUCCCGAGCCUCAUUCAGAAGAGGAUAGCCUAUCCACCCAGCAAUGCACCGAAAGCAACCACGAGCCCAAACCGCCGAAACCAUCGGUGCCCCUACGACGAACUGUAUAUCCUGUGUUCCUUGUUCUACUGUACAGCGGGGCAGCACUUUACGCUUGGGUUAUCAUCUGCAUCCUCACUCAUCGCCCCAUUGGUGGAAUAGGCUACGGACUGGACCAACUCAACAGCACUCUCGCACACCCACAUUUAGGAAUCAGUGUACCAAAAUACCUCAACGACUUCUUCGACAAGAGCGAGAGGUAUCUUAGGGCUGCGAGAGUGGUACAGUCUCUGGUAUCCGUGGUGACUAUCCCUUUAACCUCGGCCGUGUGCUCGCAGGCAGCGGUAGUUUAUACCCAGCGGAAGCGAUGGAGAAAUGGCCCGACCCUCCGGCAAAGCAUGGCCCUGGCAGACAAAGGAUGGACCGACAUUGACCUCAUCAGAAGACUCAUUCUCGGGGGUUGGAAGAAGUACAGCUCCACGCUACUACUUUUGGGCUUGUUCUUACAUCUUCUAGGCUUUGCUAUAUCUCCAGUGCAACAGCUCUUUCUCUCAUAUAAGACAAUCAAGCGUGUCCAGUCAAUCUCCACUGAACUCGGCAUAAUCAACGACAUCUCUGAUCUUUUCCCCUCCGGUGGCGAUAGUGACGGCGAUUAUGGAUUGAGUACAGUGAAGCUGAGGUCCAAUUUGGCAUCGGCCGUCAAUGAUCAGGUUCAGACGAGACUCUGGUCGCGAAAUAAUGACACCAUUUCAUUAGAAGAUCGUGUCGAGAAUACCGAGGCUUAUUCGCAUACGACGACUGGCUUGCUGCAACAGUUCGCUCCUCGGAUCAAUUCGACAGCCAAAUGGGAGAACAACUCAGAUGCCAUGCUUCCCGCGGACUGCCACCCAUCGUCUGAUGCCCUCUACCUCCACUAUAUGUACCAACAUGACGAUGGACUUGGAUAUGACAUUCAAAUCUGUAUGCCCGGAAACGUAUCGAAGUCGCCGUGGAAGAACCAGAAAAAUCGACAAAACAUUAGCGAAGAGUUGUACCUCAGGAUGAACUUUUCAAACAGCGAAUCUUCUUGGUUCUCUCCAUUAGGGGUCAAAUCCGGAUUAUAUUCAAGAAAGCUGACACUUCAAACCACGAUGGGCUACUUUGAGCUUCCUAACUACGCGAAUGACGGAUUCCCCGGGCCAUUGAUCGAAGGAGACCCGUUCGCCAAUGCGACGCCAAAUUUGUAUAAGAGAAAUCUGGACAACGAAACGGCAUGGAAUAUACUCAACGCUACCGAAAAGGUCAGCAAUUAUAGCACCAAAGGCCCGCUACUUCGCAUUGCCUUGGCUUUGUUUGGAGAAGGCUCAUUUGUCGAUGUACAACAUACAACCUUGGCAGCAUACGCCCGCUCCGACGUCCCUUAUUCUGGUUGCAUUGGGUUAAUCCCCUUCAUUUCACUCCUUCACUCGUCCGACGUUGUCAAAGCUCCGGCCCUGUUUGACCCCUGUUUAGAAGGAGGGGCCGUCAAAGGGGGUACUGAUGCAUAUGAUCUCGAAACAAAAAACAUCUCGAUGCACUCAAUAGUUGCAACAUACUUCUUCCUUUUCUCUGGGGACUCUUGGGCGCCACCAGCGAACGUGGUGGAGAAUGCAUUUGCGGCAUCAGCAUUUCUGGCCAACGAUGCAAUGAUGGCGGAUGCUUAUCGCUUUCCGAGUCUCUCAGUAUCAUACUCUUUGGGUGUCGAUAUGCAAAUCCCGGCAAUUUCCCGGGAAGGGAUCAUUCUCGUCUCGGUAUUACUAGGUCUCGACUUGUUAUGUCUCCUGGCGAUGGCGAUCUACAGUGCAUGGAUUCCUCGCUGGACCAUGGCUCUUGACUCCUUUGCGAUGCUGCGAAUAGGGGCUUCUAUAUCAGAAAAGGUCCCUUUGCUCGCCACAAAUCAUGCUGAGCGCAUCAAGACCCUUGACGAAACUCCCGGUUGGAUAGGGAACGAAGCCGAAGGCAAGAUAGGCCAACUAUGCUUAGGAGGGCGGCGGCCACUCAAGAAGACGCAGUGUUAUGCCAGCUAUGACACGGACCAGAUGGCUCAAUCAUCGGCGACCAGGGAGUCUUCGAGAGCUAUCAGGCGAGAGGGCUACUCUUUAGCUGCGGGGGAAAAUUCAUAG